UAACUGCUGCCCUCUUUCGACACAAUUCUAUUCGGCGUAUGCUUCUCAUAUCUGGUGCAUGCUUACCUGCCAUAGGAGUGGCAUUGACCUCCAUUGCAACAAGCAUCACUCAGGUUGCCAUCUGCAUGUCAAUAACGGGUUUAGGAAUUGGAAACUUGAUGGUCGUUACUAACUUGACAUUGCAUUGGGUGGCCAAGGAGAACUACAAUCUAUAUCUAAGCAUCGGCCUGACCGGGUAUGGUCCAGGAAUGGUUUUAUUACCACUGUUAGCAGAGUACCUGCGGGGACCAUACGGUUGGAGAGGUGGACUACUCAUUACAAGCGCUCUCUUGGCAAACAUCAUACCAUGCGCAGUCGGGAUGACGUUAGAGACACGCGAGCACUACACAAAGUGGAAUGACCCUAAGAGUGACUACCGGUCAUUAUCAAGUGAUAGUGAUGGAAGUGAUUGUGAAGAGGGUCAUAAGCAUCGCGAAAUAGGAGGCAAAUCUUACCUCUUGCGACUUUAUCAAACGGUGAUCAACAGCUACCGUCAAUCGGAUUUCUUCAACGACAAGAUCUUUAAUGCAGUUCUUGGCCUAGAUUUCGCGUUCUUCAUGGUUUACUGCUGUUGGCAUUCCUUUCUUAUACCGCAUGCCCUACAGAGAGGAGUCGCUACCAAGAACAUCAUCAUUCUCACUUUGGUUGCGGCAAUAGGGAAUUCCGUCAGUCGGGGUGGAGUAGGUGUCCUAACCAACAACUGGUUUAAUCCUUUAAUGGUCUUUUUCCUUGCUACAAUUCUUAAUAUCGCUUCUCUCCUCAUCGAUGCGUAUGUCACGAACUACUACGUCAUGGUACUAACCUCAUGCCUCUCAGCUAUGUCAGUCGGAGGUAGGGCGACAGCAAGCAACGUUAUUUUGAGGGAUAGAGCAUCUCCCGAUAAGUACGAUGUUGCAUAUGCAACAGACAAGAUUGUCGCUGGAAUUGGGACAUUUCUCGGAGGCUACCUUGGUGGUGUGAUUGCCGAUCACUUCUCUUCCUACAGUGCACCAUUCAAAAUGUUACCAUUAAUUGACACCGUCGUGCUCGUCUUCGUAGUCGUCAUCAGAUGUAAUCCCAAGGCAGAAUCCAAAUAACUACAACAGAUUAUCCCGAUAAUCAUCGAUAUCUUCAUUUUUGGCCACCCUCAAUCGAUCGUUAUCUUCCUCAUAGCGACUUUCAGAUGAAAUCCAGAAGCGAAACGCAUGUGAUCAUUGCAAUGUAUUAUUGUAACGAACUUAAUCAGGAGCGUAUCCAGGAUUUUGCACCCUGGGUGGCCCAACCUAAUUUUGGCACUCGUGUAAAAAAAAUGGCGUCUCCUCCCCUCCAGGCGAACAUAGGUGCCUUUUAAAAAUGCAUGUGAAAUUAUCUUAUUUCACAAUCACAUGAACAAAAGGAGGUUUACUGUCUCUACUGGGAUAUCUCUAGAGAUCUCUAGAGAUGACCCGUGUUGCAUGCAUCCUUGAAGGCGUAAAAGUUGCUUAAACAAAAUGAUGCGGGCGUUUUUUUUCCAACUUUUAAACUGGAACAUUUCCAGCACUUUUUGUAACCAUAAACUAAAUCUCACUAAAUUGAUGCGGAAGCGAAGCACCAGAUGAAAAUUUUCGAUUUUCCGACUUUUAAACUGGAAUUUUUCUAGCACGUUUUUAACCAUAAACAGAGGUAUCUCACUAAACAAUAAUUAAUGCGCGCCCGAAGCGUGGGAUAAAAUUUUUCGAUUUUCCGACUUACAAUCUGGAAUUUUUUAAAGCACUUUUAGUAACCAUGAACAGAAUAGGUAUUUAAGUAAACAGUUGGAAUGAAUAAAAUAUCCAAUGCAGUGUGCAAUAUGUGUGUAUGUGUGUACAAUAAUCAGUCGUGUAAUAAAUAAUUCAUAUUUACCUCACAUCAAGUUCAGUUUAGAUGUCAUCGGGUCAUGUUAUCAAAGUCAUGCACAGGUCAUGACGGGCACGUACGCGCGCGUCAAAAUUUUAAAUGCUCCAAAUCGAUCAUGGUUAAUAGUCCAGUCAAUAUAGGGUUUGACCCACCACUAAUUGCAACACGAGAUAUUCCACUGCAAUGCUUUCAAGGAAGGUCCCCUAAACAACAUACUAAAAGUCCCAAGAAAUCCAAGCAGUGGAAAUUUAUGAAAUUUGCAUAUUAUGCAAAUUAGCCAUAAAAAGUAAGAAAAAUAAGGAAAAUAGCCCAAAGAUUACAAAUUGAGUGUCCAAAACAAUUUAAUUUGAGCGAAAAUUCAUGAUAAAUAACUGUAUUCAAUGUUUUUUGUCAAAAGUGCAAAAAAAUCUACCUAAUUUGCAUAAUAUGCAAAUAAGCAUCCUUAUAUGGAAAUAUGUGUAGGUAUUGUGAUUUUUCUCUCAUUAUCUGCUUGAAAAUUUCAUUAAUGUUGGAAUUUACAUGCUGCUAUUACUAAGGACGUUGAAUACAUUUGUAUUCAGCUUAGUGUCUGUAGUAUAAUUUGCAUAUUAUGCAAAUAAAAGUAUCUAACAUGUUAUAAAUAUUAUAGAAAACACACUGGUGAUACAUCCCUCAAAAAUUGCAAGUAGAUUAUCUAUUGAAAUUGGAAUAUGGCAAUACCUUACAGGAAGGUUUCCUAAACACCAUACUAAAAGUCCUUAAAUAUACAAGCAUAUGGGAAAAUCACAAAAUUUGCAUUUUAUGCAAAUUAGCCAUAAUAAAUUACAAAUAAGGAAAAUAAUCCAAAUAUUGGAAAUCAAGUGCAAUCAAUACGAAUUGAACUGAAGCCCAUGACAAGUUUAACUAAUUUAUUUAUGUUUUAAAUAAAAAAUCUUAAAUAAAUCUACCUCAUUUGCAUAUAUAUAAGCAUCUUUAUAUGGAAAAAAUCCAGAAAUUUAGAUUUUUCUCACAAAAACAGUUAUGAAAACAUUUCAGUCUAGAUCAAUAUGAUUUGAUCACUAAGAAUGGGAAAUACAUUAAUAAUCAGCUUAAUAUCUGAAGUGUAAUUUACAUAUUAUGCAAAUAAGCAUCCGACAUGUUAUGAAUAUUUAAGGAAACACAUAAGUGAUACUUUCCUCUAAUAUUCCAUGUAGAUUAUGUGUAUUAACCAUGAUGACCUUCCCUACACUUCUUGCUUGGUUGAUAUUGAGUUUUGUCACGAGCAGUUACCCCACUCAUAUUGUACAAUGAUGAGUCAAUUCUACAUGGAUCCCACUGCUUGAAUGUUUCAUUAUUUCGAUCCAAGUCUUGCUCUCUUCUUGACUUUGUAUAGAGACUUUGCUUUUCUUGCGAGUAUAGUCCACGCUAGCAACUCCUGGAUUGCCAAGUGAUCAGCACAAGAUGUCACACCCGUACAAAUAAAAGCCCAUUAGCUUCGAAUAUUUGGUCCUUGUAGCACACCAAUUAGCUUAUAAACUUGGGGGCCUUGUAUUUAAAGCGCUUAACGAUAAAUCUCCACCCUACAUCUCAGAGCUCUUAUCUCAGCAUAGACCAACACGCAGUCUCAGAUCAGCAGCUCAAGCAUUGCUGAGGGAAUCUCUCAGCCACACAACCUGGGGUGACAGAGCCUUCUACAUCUCUGGACCAAAGCUGUGGAAUAGCCUUCCCCAAUUUAUCAGGAGAGCAGAGACCCAAUCAACUUUUGAGUCUUACCUGAAGACCUUUAUGUUCCCCACCCCAACAUUAUCCCAAGACAAGAAUAACUCAAUUGUAGCAUUACUAGGACAGUACUUGAACUGAAUGAUGAUCCUAAGCACUGUUUGAAGACAUUGAAAUUUGUGAGAUAUUUCCUAUUUUUGAGCAAGCGCCAUGAGCGCCCAGCUGAGGCGGAUACCGACGCUUUACAAGAACCCAUCACCAUCAUCACUUGUCUUGGUGGUGAAUAUGAGUACUUGCUUGGAUCACAAGAUCUCUGGGCAUGCUUAAUAAGAGUAACAAUGGGCAUUUGCCUAUACGAGCGACAUGAAAGCCAUUCAUAAAUUCAUGAUGAAGGCUUAAAGUGCAUUAUAGGCAGCUUUCUCAGAUACAGGAAUCGUAAUUAGACGUUCUUGCUGAAUCCAGUUGCUGCUUCAUGAUGAAGCAUCCAUUUUCUGUUCUCUCCUCUUUGAUAAAUCUCCUAUGGCAACCAUCUCCAAAUAUUAAAGCUAUAGUUUCUAAGUAAGUCGUAUGCAAAUAAUAAUAUUAAUUUCCUGAUAUUUAUGGUAAACAGAAAUUCCUCAGUGAGACAAUGAACAAACCAGAUGGAGAACUAAGCCAGAUUAUUGCCUUUCCAACAAGAGGACACAACAUAAUGGAACACCCUUAACAUCACCAUCAAAUACCAUCCAACAAUGAUUAGACAGUGUGUACCACUUCCAAGAUUUAUUUGCCACUAUGUGCUACUCAUGGGUAUACUGUGAGGUUAUCCAGAGGAAUAAACAUUUUAUGGUACGACUAAGGAUGUUCUUCUGGAGGAAUGCUGACUUUAAUAGUGUCAUGCAGAUGUACUUUGGACAAUCAUACAGCUCUCUGUACUGAAAUCCGACAAGUCGAGCAUAGGAGACUGAAUGCCAAUCGAGAGGACUUUAACAAGAACACACUGUUAACCAUGUCUUCUUCCGACACAAGUUGCCUCAAUGAGAGAAUGGACAUAAGUUGUGUCGGAAGAUGUCAAGAGUUUUAGAGAAAGGCUAGGAAGGCUUGCACAUUUUAGAGCUCCAAAAGCAUCAGUAAGGUAAAGCUCAGAAUUGCUACAAUGCAUUAAAGAGGACCAUAAGAGGGUUUGUAGACAAGCCUAUAAUACAUAAUUUGUUGACCGGAUUGACAAUGAUCCAGGCUGUAACAAUUAGCAUGUUGGGAGCCCUUAAUAUCAAUAGCUAUGACUACAUUGGAAUAUCAUUAUUAAAGGAAGGCAAAGAUUUUUAGUCUUAGUAUUCACCACUGAUCAUGAUGAUGAUGACGCUGAAGUCCUGGGACCCAGUCCUGACCCAGAUAUGGCCAGAUAACAUAUUGUUUAGUCAAGCAGGUGUAGCCAGACUACUGAAGAAAUUGUUAAAGAAAACAACCUGCAUGAAGCUACUAGGCCAGACGGAAUCUCUGCUGCACUUCUUAAUCAGAUCUUACCUGCCAUAAGUUUGCUUUUCCUGGCCUCCCUUUAUCAUGUUUAUGCGGUGAAAUUUCAAGAAAGUCUAAGUCGUUCCCAUCUAUAUAAGAAAGGGUUGUGAACUCUAACAAACUACACACCAAUUCAAAUACUGUGCUUUGUUCUUGCCAAUCCCAUCAUCUUGUCAGACUAACGCUUAGGUAGCGAAGAACAUAUUUCCAGUAUUUUUCCUUGAUCAUAUUAGGAUAGAUUUGAAUGCUUAGUAAUAGCAGCAUAUUAAUUUGAAAAACUUAAAUGUUUUCACUGCAGUCAAUGUGAUAAAAUCAAAAUUUCUUGACAUUUUCCAAACAAGGAUACUUAUUUGCAUAAUAUGCAAAUGAGGCAGAUUUGCUAGCUUUUUUAAAUAAAGACAUUGAACUUAUUUAUUCAUCAUGUUCAAAAUUACUUGCUGUGGACAUUUAAUUUGUAAUCUUUGGAUUAAUUUCCUAAUUUUCUAUUUUUUAAAUGGCUAAUUUGCAUAAUAUGCAAAUUAAUUUUCAGGCAUUUGGAUGAAUUCUCAUGCUUAGUGAUGUAGUAGCAUAUUAAUGUCAACAUUAAUGAAAUGUUUUCAAGCAGUCUAUAUGAGAAAAAUCACAAUAUCUUGACAUUUUUUUCCAUAUAAGGAUGCUUAUUUGCAUAAUAUGCAAAUGAGGUAGAAAUUUUUGCACUUUUGAUUGAAAACAUUGAAUUCAGUUAUUUAUCAUGAAUUUCCAUUCAAAUGAAAUUAUUUUGGACAUUUAAUUUGUAAUCUUUGGAUUAUUUCCCUUCU